UGGACCAAUAGGAAAUCCUUCGCCGAAGCGUCCCACGUAUCCACGAAUCGCCGUGAAGCGUUUUCAUCCAACGGCUAGCGCGUCGCGUAUCAAACGACUACGCACUAUGCACCGCACAUUGAGUGCGCCAUAUUUUCGUUCCGCGCGCUUUGUGGCUGCGAUUGUGGCGAACGUGUUCUAUUGCCGCGUUAAGAACUAAGAAUUCGUCGAAUAAGUUAAAGUGAGGAACAAGGCAGGAUAAGGUUCCAUUGAAUAUAGUGGCCGAGAGGUCGUCGGAGUCGGUCGUUAACAAAUCGUGCAUCAUAUUCUGUGUCAUAUUCACGCUACGUUCGCAAUCGGACGAAACAGCUCUAAAAAGGUUAUUAAUGGCGAAGUGUGGGAGCCCGCCUGAAUCCGCUGCGGGAACACGAGCAACGUAUUGAGGAGCGUUGUCGAGUUUGUUUCCUGAACCGGAGCUACCGCGAGUCACCGCGACUAUCGAAACGAUGUCGAGUAAACCCGAGACGCCAAACAUGGCCGAGCGUUGCCGAAUUUGUCUGGUUGACCAAGGCUGCAUGACCAAUCUGCAAGACGAACGUUUGGAAGCCAAGCUCAAGGACUUGAUCAACUGCACUCGCAUUGAUAUCAAGUAUGAAGAAAAUCUACCGGGGGUUGUGUGUCAUGUAUGCUUGUACAAGCUGAACAUGUGGAGCGAGUUCAAAGAACAGUUCAUACAAUCCAACAAAUCCCUGGAACAACUAGAUAUGUUGGAAGAGUCUGAUAACACUAUUGAAGAUUCUUUGAAGGAUAGCAGUUGUACAACAAAAGAUGCAGAAAGGAAACGUAGAAACAGCCAGAAUAAUAGUAUUGAGAAGAAAAAAACAAGAAUAGAUACGUCUUCAUUGGAAAUUGCUUGCGACACAAGCCAAAUUAUAAUAGACACAAUAUGCAUAUCGGAUAACGAAAGUUCAUCUAAGUCGAAAAAGAAUGCGCAAAAUGACGAAGAGCGUGCAGAAGGUAAAAUGUAUUCAGGACCAAUGAGAGCUAGAUUGUUGCCUGCAAGACGUGGCAGAAAUAUCGAACGGAGGAAGGCGUCUACGAAGCGUUGGGUAGAGAGGAAGAAGGCGCUUUUGGCUGCAAUAGGAGAGAAUGUGUCCGAUACAGAUUCCAUAGCUUCUGAUGAAAUGCAAUUAUCGCCCGUGCAGAAGGCUCGUGCGAAGGAUAAGGAAAUAGAGAGACAAAAGAAAAUAGCCAAGGUGCUGAAAAAUCUAGAGACGAGUCUUUCGGAGAAAUAUGUUCUUCGUGAUAAAAACGUAGAUUCCGACGCGCGUAGAACGAGAAGUACUUUGCAACACAAUAACAAAAGUUUAUUGAACCAAAACAAUAAAAAUAAGAAAAAUACUGUCGCGAAAAAUAGGUCCUCUAUAGACAGCUCGAUAGAAAACUCCCCAUCUUUGUUAACAAAUAAUUUUACAUUAAAUGACGAGAAAAAAUUCGAAAAGCAAAAUGAUGACCAAACUUUUGAACCUAGCUCGUUGAAAUCCGAGCUAGUGAUCGGUGACACUACGUUCUGUAUAACGUCUACGUUGAUUCUUGUAGACGCAAACAAUGAACAAGCAGAGUGUAAUAAUUCAAUGAAGGAUUCUAAAAUCUUUAGUCCUGACGAAAACAAUCGGGAGAGGAAUACUGAUAUCUUCGAUGCGGUUCAAUUGCGUAGAGUAAAUCCCGUGAUAACUACAAGCCAAAACAAUAGCAAAUCCAACAGUAAGUUCAUUGAAAGAUGUUUGAAUAUUGAAGUAGAAGGUAAUGAAUUAUCGGUUUUGAAACGCGUACAAUGCGAAUUGGCAGAUUUUGUCCAAAAGGAAAUUAAACACAAGUUAUUCAGCACGAACGAUGACGACGCGAAAACCAAUAAAACUGAUAACACUCAAACAGAUUCUGCUACUUUCUUCCGGGAAAAACUCGACCAGAAGUUGAAAGAUAUAAUACAAAAAGCUAUAAAGAAAAAUAUCGUGUCAUUUGAAGGUAAUACGAGCGAUGCAUACAGUCAGAGUUCCAAGGUUUCAUCAGUGUUAGCGAAGUUGCCCAGUUAUCAACCGAAGGUUAUGGUAAAACGUCUAGAUAUAGCAAAGGAGAGUAAGCAUUAUAAAAUUAAUAACGUUCGUACGUUAAAUCUGAGUUCGUCAAGAAGCAAGCUCACCAGUCCAUUCAUCACUCGUAAUAAACGUGCGAGCAUAAUUCCAAUAAGAUACGGUGAAUAUGCCUCAUUAGACUCCGAUUCCGAAGUAUCAAAUGAAGAAACCAUUGAAGAUCCCAACGAAUGGUGUCCAACACCUAAAACGACCAACUCAAAAACAUCCAAGAAUACACCGAGACAGAUCAUUAUUGGCAAAUCGAUGGAAAAGAAACAAAAUGAACAAAAGACUGAUUCUGAAAAGAUUGUCAAAACAGCGAAUACCAUAGCUGAGAAUCAUAUAUGUGGAGUAUGCGGAUCAACGUUUCACAGUCGUAUGGAGGUCGAGAUGCACGUUCGCACUCAUAAAUUGGCACCGGGUGCCUCCGUCGUGCAGGUUGUGCUACAAAACAAUGAAAUUGAUCUUGUGCCACAACAGAUUAAGCCACCACAGAUUAAGCAGAAGCUGAUGCGCUGCAAGAGAUGUCACGAGAUAGUCGAGGCACGUUUUGUGAAGACGCACGUAUGUAAAAUGUUCAAGUGUCAUGUCUGCAACUCCAUGUUCCGCGCGAAGAAUCUUCUCUUGAAGCACUUGGAGAACCACGAUACCAAGUUCAAACUAAACGUGAUCGAGAACAAAAAGUUGAAUAAUACUGAUACGUUGCAGAAAAUUGUAGCGGUUGCAUCCGCGUCGCCGCAGAAGGCUCAAGAUCAAGCCCAGGGAACUGAAACGAUAACGCAAACUGUAAACGAGAAGAAUGAUAUCCAGUCCGAUAAAAUAACUAGUACAGGUGUAAAGCUGGAUAGGACUGAAAAUAUUUUAACGAAGCCUAAAGAAACGUAUACUUGUUUCGUAUGUGAUAAAAUCUUCACAGACGAGGAAAUACUGAAGGAUCACUUGCAGAAGCAUUGCGAUGAUCUAAGUGAAGGAGAACAAAACAACAGCAAGGAGCAGUAUCAAUGUGCUAUUUGCGGCAGUACUCUGCAGUCAGAUCAAGCGUUAGAAGAGCACGUUGGCAAGCAUUUGUUUGACGAUGAAGACGACAAUCCUAAUCUGAUUAGCAUAGAUCAAGGCAAUGAGAAUAAUAAUAAAUCAAACGAUUUAUAUCAAUGUGGGCAAUGCUCAGAGACAUUUGAUUCGGAGAUAUUGUUAGAGAUGCAUAUGCAUGCGCAUGAGGAGGAAGUCGCGAUAGCAGAAUGGGAGCAGCAAGGAAUGAAGAUUUAUCAAUAUCAAUGUAUGCUUUGCGAUGAAUUGUUUGAUACGGAAAAGGACUUAGCUGAACAUUUGGACAUACAUAAUGCAAACGCGCAUGUAUGUCAAUUGUGUGACAAACCGUUCCGCACGUUAGAGGAUCUACAAGAACACGUUGCAACUCAUUGAUGUACUCGACAAUGUUUUAUAUGAAGAUAUUAAUAAAAAUUACAAAAUAUCUUUGAUAUAAUAAUGAGCAGAGAGUUGCGUUCGGAAAGUAUACUAUAAGAGCUAUUACGUCAUUACAUGUCUUUAUCAUUUGUUAGACAUAAAACAAGAAUAGAAUAACGCAUUAUUCUGAUAGCUCCGCGCUCUCCGAACGUAGCUAAUAUUGUAAUGUUCUGUUACGAAUGUAUGCUGCCAUAGUUGCUGAAAUCUAUCAGUAACAACAUGGAUAUAUAAAUUUUCUGUACGAAA